AUGGAAGGAAAGGAGGAGCCGGCGCCGGCGAUCUCUGCUGUGCUCGAAGACGAUGAUCUGCUCGGCGAGAUCCUCCUCUGCGUCGCCUUCCCCACCAGCCUCGUCCGCGCCGCUCUUGUCUGUAAGCGCUGGCUCCGCCUCGCCUCCGCGCCCGCCUUCCUCCAACGCUUCGGCGGCUUGCACCCGCCCAGCCUCCUCGGAUUCUACGUCAACACGAGCAUGGAACCCCCGCGCUUCGUGGCGUUGCCUCAGCCCCCGGAGCUCGACACCGUCGUCCGCCGUGCUAGCUUUGAUUUGGACACAUUGGGCUGCGCCUGGCACAGGGUGGAUUGCUGGAAUGGCCUCCUCCUCCUCACCUCUGGCAUGCACUGUUGGGGUGCCACACCCACACACACGAGAGGGGUGCGCUGGCCCCUGUACCCUGCGAGGUAUAUAGCCAUCCUCCCAACAGUGCCGGACACCAGCAUGCAUGACGGCUUCAAGUACUUCCACUGUGAGAUCCUCCCCAAUGGCGCCGGCAGCGAUGGCCUGUCCUAUUUCUGUUUGGCAAUUGGGUGUAAAGACCAGCAGUCAGUUCUGGAUGUUUAUGUGUUACGGGAAAAUCUCUGGGCCAUCUACUCUUCGGCUGUAACUGAAAUCAAUGAAAUUGAACUGCUAUUGACCAGUUUGAUUGUUGAUGACAAGAUCUAUAAUCUGAUCCGCGUGAGCGGCAUUUUGAAGUUAGUCUCGCUAGAUCUUGCGUCGUCAUGCUUGUCGCUGGUUAACCUCCCGGAAGAGGUGGAUUAUAUGAGCACGGAGCUGUCGCUUGCAAAUGAUUCCCGGGUCCAUCUGAUCCAUGUAAAAGGAUCCCAGCUUCGCAUCUGGCACUACAUAGUGGAUAAGAAGGGUCCCGCCAAUUGGUUACUUGUUGAUACCAUUUGUUUGCGCGAGAUAUGUGUUAAUCAUAUGAUAUCAAUUAGAAUGUUCGAGGAUGUGGGUAAUUCUGCUCUUAUUGUACAUGCGGUUGGGGUCAAUCCUGGGUUUCUUUUCUUGGAGACGGAUGGUGUCCUCUACCUGUUUGAUCUUGAACGCAAGGCGGCAAAGAAGGUUUAUGAGGUUACACAAGAGUAG